CUUCUGCACAAAGGUCUUAAGUUUGUUGUGCGCAGUGCAGUGUGAUUUGGAGGACGCCAUCACUCUGCUGCUCUAAAGCUCCUGGUGCCGCGUGGGGUUUAGAGAGUUCCGCUGGGUGUGUGAGGACCGCAAGAGGAACGCCAGGACCACAGGCCUUCUCGCUCGAACCCACAAUCAAGAGGCCUCAGUAUGAAUUCACAGCCGUGAAACUCUGGGCAAACCACGUAAUCUCUUUGAGGUUCAAUUAUGGGUCGACUUGAUGGGAAGGUCAUCAUCCUGACAGCCGCUGCUCAGGGGAUCGGCCGGGCAGCUGCCUUGGCUUUUGCAAGAGAAGGUGCCAAAGUCAUAGCCACAGAUAUCAAUGAGUCCAAACUUCAGGAACUGGAAAACUACCCAGGUAUUCAAACUCGGGUCCUUGAUGUCACAAAGAAGAAACAAAUUGAUGAGUUCGCCAAUGACAUUGAGAGGCUUGAUGUUCUCUUUAACGUUGCUGGUUUCGUCCAUCACGGAACCAUCCUGGACUGUGAGGAGAAGGACUGGGACUUCUCAAUGAAUCUCAACGUCCGCAGCAUGUACCUGAUGAUCAAGGCAUUUCUUCCUAAAAUGCUUGCUCAGAAGUCUGGCAACAUUAUCAACAUGUCCUCUGUAGCUUCUAGCAUCAAAGGAGUUGUGAACAGGUGUGUGUACAGUGCAACCAAGGCAGCCGUAAUUGGCCUCACAAAGUCCGUGGCUGCAGACUUCAUCCAGCAAGGCAUUCGGUGCAACUGUGUGUGUCCAGGUACCGUUGAUACCCCCUCUCUGCAAGAAAGAAUACAAGCUAGACCAAAUCCUGAAGAGGCACUGAGCGAUUUUCUAAAGAGACAGAAAACAGGAAGAUUUGCAACCGCGGAAGAAGUAGCCCUGCUCUGCGUGUACUUGGCCUCUGAUGAAUCUGCCUACGUAACAGGUAAUCCUGUUGUCAUUGAUGGAGGCUGGAGCUUGUGAUUUCAGGAUCUCCUUGCCUGGGAAGGCAGUCACUUCCUGUCCACAGUGAACCGGUUAUGAAGAACAGUCACCCAUCCUCUCUCUGCUAUCAAUGGCAUAUUAAUGAAAACAAGACCUUUUUGAUGAUGUCGUUGCUCAGAGAAUUCUGAUUCUUUAAAUAUAUUACUCUCUUUCUAA